GCGCGGAUGGACGGAUGUGUCAGACGUAAUAUGGGUUAUAAUUUUGGAGUGGAUCUUCUUGUAAAUUAUGCCGUGGCAUCGGUAGACGAUCUUAUCGGAGGCAAUAGACGGAAUCUACGUUUACACACGACAUAGUCGGUUAUUCACGUUGCUGAUAAAAUUCCACGACGAGCCUCGCUCGAGCGAAAGAGCAUGUGGGUGUUUGGUUAUGGUUCCUUGAUAUGGAAAGCGGACUUUCCAUAUGAAAAAAAACUGGUAGGCCACAUCAAGGGAUACGUCAGGCGCUUCUACCAGAAAAGUACCGAUCACAGGGGAGUGCCUAGCAGACCUGGACGUGUGGUGACGUUGCUCGCCUCGAAGAAUCCCGAAAACGAAGUAUGGGGCCUCGCAUACAAGAUAUCCUCCGAGAACAUAGACAACGUGGUGAAUCAUUUGGAUUUUCGAGAGAAAGGUGGCUAUGAGAAGAAAACUGUCCUUUUCUAUCCUUGCGAUUCAUCUAAGUAUAUUCAAAGUAGCUCGAAUACCAACGUCCUGACCAACGAUUCCUCCAAGACGAAUCUCUUGUCGCCAUCCUUGUCGUCCAGCACAGAAGAGCCACCGUUCUACCUCACUAUAUACAUAGGUGACGAAGAGAAUCCAAACUACGCCGGCACUGAGAAUAUACACACCAUUGCGACACAUAUACUCGUCUCACGCGGCAUCAGUGGCUCCAAUACAGAAUAUCUUUACAAACUGGCGUCUGCAAUGCGUACGAUUGCACCUGGUGUACAGGAUGAGCAUUUAUUUGCUCUGGAGAAGAUUGUCAAGCAGUUGGAGAGGGAGAGGGAGAACGAGUCGCUGGAGUUGGAUCAAUUUCCAUGUUUGAAAUCGCCGCCACUGGGAACUACUUUUGGGCGCGCAUGCGCAUCCGGCGACAAUGAUCAGCUGAAUCGACGCAAUAACAACAGCGUGGAGAGGGAGAAAAGAGGAGGCCAUUUCUUAUUCGACCAAUUGUCAGUCCAUGUAGUUCCUACGUGGUUCUGUUUUUCUUCCCGGACCGACGAUCAAGACACAGGGCCAAGAUUGGGUGAUUCGCUGAAUUGAAGGCGUUUCGGACGCAUCCGG